GUUCCACACUGUAUCCUGACCGAGAAACAGCAGCUGUGUGUGAUCAAAAGAAGACAGACAUAGAUGAUGUAAAGCUUUUGAAUAUAUGUGAUAAAAUUUGGAUUUCAUAUGAGUAUUCAAAUGCUUAUUUAGCGCCUAAGCACAAGUGAUUGUAUGUAAAAUGAAACAGGAAACCUCACACACAGUCAUGCUUCAGGUUUUACUCCUUCUGGCAACUCUUUUCGAGUGCCCACCCUGUAACGCCCACCCUAUAGAUUCUACUCCCCACAUUAUUCAGUAUAGUGUUUGGGAAGAGCAGCCCUCAGGGACAAGGGUGGGUCGCCUCCUGGAUGACCUGCGUCAGCGUGGUGACAAGGGGUCAUUGGAAAACUUCCAGCUUGUACACCGUGGACCUAACUUACCACUCACAGUUUCUGCAAGGGAUGGUACUGUGUCAACACUAGGUAGACUGGACCGUGAAGAACUUUCUGAACUGAAUUUUAGUGUUCUAUACAAAAGAAGUGGUGUCAUGCACCUCCUUUCGGUUCAUGUGGAGAUUAUGGACCUAAACGAUCACAGCCCAGUUUUUCCCAGUCGAGUGCAGGAGGUGGAGAUCUCUGAGACAGCUGCACUAAAAAUGCGUAUCCCUCUGGAUCGUGCCGUAGAUCCAGAUGCUGGACCUAAUGGCCUACAGACCUACUCCCUCUCCUCCAACCAGCAUUUUGCUUUGGAUGUCCACACCGCUGUUGGGAGCAAGCAAGCUGAAUUAAUCAUUAUCAAGGAAUUAGACAGAGAGGUGCAGCCAUCUUUAGAAUUGAUUUUAACAGCCUGGGACAAAGGAAACCCGCCCAAGUCAGGUAGCACAAAAAUCAGAGUAACAAUUCUGGACUCCAAUGAUAACAGUCCGGUAUUCGAAGAUGCUCCGCCAGUGAUCGAGCUGGCAGAGGACUCAGUCCUUGGAACGAUUGUCAUUCAUCUCCGUGCCACAGACCCUGAUCAAGGUGCGAAUGGGGAGGUUGAGUACUUCAUUAGUAAACAUGUCCCAUCGGAUGUGCAAAAACUUUUCAGCAUCCAUCCCAAAACGGGUGAUUUGACUUUACAAGGUCCUUUAGAUUUUGAAGAAAAGAACAUAUAUGAGGUAGACAUCCAAGCUCGAGACCUUGGGCCCAAUGCUAAUCCAUCUCAUCACAAACUUCAGAUUAAAUUGCAAGACGUCAACGAUAAUGCUCCACGGAUCCACAUAACAUGGACUCCCCCUGAUUCGCCUAUCGCAACUGUUUUGGAAGGAGCAGCAAAUGAAACUUUUCUUGCUCUUGUGAUGGUAUCUGAUGCUGAUUCAGGGCCCAAUGGGCUUGUACAGUUACACAUUCUGAAUGGACCGAGCGCCUUCCGACUCAAGCAAAUCCAUGGUGACAAUUACAUGAUUGUAACCAAUCACACUCUGGAUCGAGAGAAACAAAUGGAGUACAACCUUACACUUCAGGCUCAAGAUAGCGGGGAUCCCUCUCUCUCCUGCAUUAAGCACCUGACUGUCCAUGUUUUGGAUGAAAAUGAUAACGCACCCAUUUUCACCAAAAGUCAAUACCGUAGUAAAGUCAAAGAGAACAAUAUUCCAGGUUUUCAUUUCUUAAGUGUGGAGGCCCAUGAUGUUGACUUGGAUCUCAGUGGAAAGGUGUCAUUCUCUAUUAGGGAGUCAAAUGAAUUGGGGACACCAUCAGCACUUUUCUCUGUGCACCCAUCAAGUGGGGCUGUUACUGCUCAACAGUCAUUAGACUUUGAGGAGUCCCGCUCUUACUCAUUUAUUGUUGAGGCUGUAGAUCGAGGAUACCCACCAAUGACCAGCAGUGCAACAGUGCUGGUUGAGAUACAGGACGUUAAUGACAAUUAUCCCAUAAUCCAUGAGCCACUACCUAAGAACGGAGUCGCAGUGCUAAGUGUCCCAGUGAAAGUUGACAAUGGGGAAAUUGUGACUGAACUUGGAGAGACUGUUGAGGAUAACUUUGACAAACUGAGAAAUCAUUCUUUCCAUAACAAACUCGAUGGUUUUCUGGCCACCACCAUCCGGGCCAGUGAUCCCGAUUCUGGAAUUAAUGGAAGACUUCAUUUUAGGAUAACAGAUGGAAACCCAUCUAACACAUUCAUUCUGGAUAAAACUAAUGGACAGCUGUUUGUUAACACAACUAAUGCCACAGAACUGAUUGGUAAGACUUUUAAACUGGACAUCGUGGUAUCUGAUAUGGGAACACCUGUGCUAACCACAAAAACUACUUUAGAAAUAACUUUUAUAAACUUUCGUGACCACCUUAAGAACUUGUCUCAUGAUAACCAAGCCCAGUUCAGUUUAACAAUGCUUUUAGCCAUCUGCCUGGGAUCGAUCUGCCUGUUUUUACUCAUAACAGUUUUUUUAGCCAAAACAUUUUGUCACCCUCACAAACGAGACAACCACGCUUAUAACUGUAGACAAGCUGAAUCGACCUACACCCGUCACCCACGACGUCCUCAGAAGCACAUUCGCAAGACCGACAUCCAGUUGGUACCAGUGCUGAGAGGACGUAAAGAAACUCCACCUGCAGAUGAAGCUGAAGCAAUGUCCUCUACAGCGCCUUUAAUGGAAACAUAUCCACAGGGCCAGUUUAAUCUUACGCCAACCCUCGCCCGCAUGGCUCAAAAUCAAUGUCAUUCAGAAACUGAUGGGAGUUUACCGCUCACUCCGAGCAAGAUCCUCAGAAAGCCCGGUAACAUAGAAUGGAACGGGACACUUCCUUGUAACCCAGAGACAUCAUAUCGAACCUUGCACAAAACAAGAAAUUCCUCCUCCUCAUCUUUCUCAAACUCUCAAACCGGCACACUCAAACGCCACCGAAAUGAACAAGUCAACAGCCCAACCGUGGAUUCCUCAAGAACUGCAACUUCAGUGUCCAGUGAUCAGGCCACAUUACGGAAACCAAAGACCACUGAAAGAAAAGGAAGGAUGGAGGAGUCAGACCACAGGCAGAUCCUGAGGAACCUCGUUCGACUCUCAAUGGCAGCUUUUGCAGAGAACGGUUCUAUUGAAUUGUCUUCUGCCUCACCUGAGGUGCAGCAAGUGUCACAGCUCCUGUCACUAUUGCAUCAGGGUCAGCUUCAACCUCGACCAAAUUUUCGUGGCAACAAGUAUUCUCACCGAACUGGACGGUUAGUACCUCAGGACGCUGACUGGUUGAGCACUAAGGACAGUGGUCAUGGUGAAAGUGAGAUGGGUGAUAUAGACUGGGAAACCGGUAGGGAUUCACCUGUGGACACAUUAUAUGAAGAAGGCCUCAAUAAUCUGCUGAAUUCUGAUGAUGUGUUCUCAGACAUUCCUGAUCCAGCAUGGAUAGCUCGGCUUUCUCUUCCUCUGACAACUGACUACCACGAAAACCUGUUUGUGCCAGAUGGGCCACCGUCUCCUGAAGGCCACUGUCCUGUGGUCACUCCGGAUGACUCUACUUCCUUCUCCACCUUUGGUAAAACCCCAGAGAAGACCCCUGUGUUGGAUAGCAGAGCUCUGAUGUCAGAGGUCAGCUCUCUUUUUGAGAUGCUCCUGACAAAGAAAGCCGACGCUCAGUCGUGUCCACCUGCUGAGGUGCUCUACAGACUUUCAGCAGCUUAUAGGCGGUCGCUCGGCUUAGACGCAUCUGCCAACGGCGGAGCUGCCUCCACGCGUCACCAAGGGUCAACUCCCAUGAUGCAAUGCACAAACCCCACACCUUAACAAGGAGAAAAAAUGAUUUCUCUUCUGUGUUUUAUUCUGAGGUAGCCCAAGAAUGAACUCUGACCUCUAAAAAGCCAUGCCAUUUCUUCCUUUGAUCUGUCUGGAACAGGUCGUGUCUAAACAAGACCUUAUAUCUUUAUAAGAGAAACUAAAUUUUUUACCAGUUCAGGCAAUAGACUACAUAGGAGCUAUUUUUCUACAAGAUGUUUGUGUUACUCUAACAGUGAUGAAUCUGUCCUUUAUUAUUGAGGAAACAGAUCAUUGUAGUCAUUUUAGGAGUAAACAACUGCAGGAUUCACAUGCUGCAGGAUUUCCCUUGUGUCUACUGCUGUUUUUGUUUACUAUGAACCACUAUCAACCAACUAUGUAAAUAUGUUUUUAAUACUUAACUGACAUUUAAACUGUACUGUAUAUACAAGAAAUUCAAUACUAGGUUGGGUAACCACAUAGCACUGAUAGCAAUUUCAGUUAUGCCCUGAAUGUAUGGGUUUCUAUGAUGAAAUAAAUUAUUGUUUAUACGUUUUUGUAUAUAAAUGUAGUGUUCUUAAUACCCAAGAGCUUUUUGUUCAACUGUUUUUGUAAACCAUAUAUACAAAAUAAAAAGAUUUUGUAAACUUUUGCCUUUAUUUUUUUAACAAAAGUAACAACAAAAAUACAUUUUUAUGCAACCAGAAUUAAUUGGUGCUCGUGUGAUGUGGCAGGAUUUCAAUAAAAUAUUUCUCUGCUGCCCUCUAUAGUUAAGAGACUGGAAUAGAGCUCAAGCUACAGAAAAAAUAUUUUAGUGCAUUCCACUUUUGGAAAUAAACGUAUAAGCACAAAA